AUGCCUUGGAUGAACGCGCAGUUGACAUUCACGUGGGCCUCUCAAUCCGCUCUAGCGAGCCUUUCUCCUAGCCCUCGCAUCUGUCAUGUGCCCUUCUUCCCUCCCCACCUUCCCCUUGCAGCGACGUCAGCGUCAACAGCCUGUACGGCGUGUGAGCCGCAACUUCAACAGCAUGGUGGCGCUCAUCAACUUGGCUCACGGAUCAAAGGCCAAAAACCAACCUGUCACCCAACCCCCACUCCCCCCCUUCUCCCCUGCAGCGAUGUGAGCAACAACAGCCUGUACGGGCGUGUGAACCGCAACUUCAACAGCAUGGUAGCAGACGGCGGCGCGCUCAUCAACCUCGCACACAACUUCUUCUACGGCGACGCCGUGCUCUUUGCCGCGGGCUGCCAGGUGUGCCCCGAGGAGAUCACCCAGCGCAACCAGCUGCAGCUGGGCGACAGCAGCGUGCGCGUGGCAGGGAUGUGCAGCGACACUGCCUCCGGUAGCUUGCGAGACUACUCGGUGGCGAUGGCAGGCAAGGGCGCCAGGGGGAGCCUCGCAGGCAACUGUCUGACGCUCAAGCGGGACAACAAGUGCCCGUCCAACGCCACCCAGCGCAGCACGGCAGCCUGCCAGGCGUUCUGCAGCAUCACGGACAACGGCCCGUGUGACGGCCAUGGGGCAUGUGUGCCGCCUGCACCGGACGCCCCUACCAACUCUGGGUACCAGACACCAGUCACCAACUUCACCUGCAUGUGCGACGCCAGGUACUCCUCCGUGGGCCUGGGCAACGGGUCCACCUGUGCCAUCCUCAACUCCACCACCACUGCUGGUGAGGCACCCUCUCACAUGCAUGCACAGCCAUCUGGAGACUGA